AUGGCUUUGCGUAUCGUUGCGCACAUCUCGCUCGGUCUUUCAGUCUUGAUCUACCUCGGCUAUUCCUCCCAGCAGCUCAACGAGGAGGAGAAGCGCAGGCCCCUGGCCUUCGUCUGCCGAAAUGCGGUUUACGACUGUAGCCUCCAGGAUUGUCCGUACCCGUUCUUCACGCUAUCAGAGACACACCCCCUCCUUCACCGUGUCCUCCCUGAUGCCACAACGAAAGCGCUGGAUUGGUUUACUUGUUUCGUGACGCCGGCGUUCGUUGCAAUGUAUAGUGAUCCCUGGGGCAAUGCGGUUAUCGACCUCUUCAAUCCUGUCUUCUCGGUUCUUAUCGCCUGGGCAGCGGUUGAAUCCUUAACGGGGCGGUCUAGAGGAUGCCUCGCAAAAUGGAUAAUUAAAGCUACCCCCAUUACGUUCGCACUCGGGCAAAUCGGAGCUGUCUCCCAUGUAUUACUUUUGCCUGCAAUCCUUAUUCUGCGUUGCAACAGCGAAGUUACUAGACUUCCCACUGCAAUGCACCUGUCGACCAUCCUGGUCCAAACUCUUACCAUGAUCAUCUCCAUGGGAAUUACUACCGGCUCUCCAAAAUCCGUUAUGUUGUGGGCAAUUGCCUUCCUCCAGCUCUCACCCGUGCUCGGUCCACUACUAUAUCUGACUCCCUGUUACCGCGUUAUCGGGCUACCGUUCAAAAGCCUAUUUUCGAAGAAGUCCGGUCACCCGCUGCAGACGUUCUGGAACUUGCUAGCUGCUGUCGCUAUUCUCGCGCACCUCCAAGCGGUAGCCCGUAUCAUCGCACUGGUGUUGACGUACGACUCGCCCACCCCUGCGUUCUACGGCGUGCUACCGUCAACAGACUGGUCUUCAACCAAGCCGCCCCUGUCUAUCGCCGCUAUUUUCAGCCACCUCACGGCAUGGCACGACCAAACGGAACUUGGUCGAGCAUUGAUCGUGUACGACUUCAUGCUCACGUCAUUGGCUUUGGCUGCACUGCAGCUACAUAACUUCUCGGGCAUCGGGGAUGUCGUGUAUUAUGCGUCGCAGAUCGUACUGCUAGGCCCCGCAGGAAGCUUCGCCAUAUGGCAAAGUAGGGCUUGUGAGAAGGAUAUUGCGGCUGUGGAGCGGCCGGGUAAGAAGAGAAAGUAG